GAUGCUUAUGCAGGGACCGAGCAGGAGGAGCUGCCGCCGCCGUCUGAGCCACCAUCACCGGCACUGUCAUCUGGGAUGACGGAGGAUCGGGCCGCUGCUGCAGCCAAGAAGAAUUCCAGCUGUCCCAGUAUUGAGCAAAUGCUGGCCUCAAACCCUGGGAAGACGCCUAUUAGUUUACUGCAGGAGUAUGGAACAAGGAUUGGAAAAACACCGGUGUAUGACUUGCUGAAAGCUGAGGGCCAAGCCCAUCAACCUAAUUUCACUUUCAGAGUGACAGUCGGAGAUAUUAACUGCACAGGUCAGGGGCCUAGCAAAAAGGCAGCAAAGCACAAGGCAGCGGAAGCUGCCCUGAAAUUACUAAAGGGAGGAAACAUGUUGGAGCCCAUGUUGGAUGGAGUCAAGAUCUCUGGCACUGAAUCUAAAAGCUCUAGCUCUGCUCAGCUGGCGGAAUGCAACCCUGUGGGGGCCUUGCAGGAGCUGGUGGUUCAGAAAGGAUGGAGACUCCCGGAAUAUACGGUCACUCAGGAAUCUGGUCCUGCCCACAGGAAAGAGUUCACCAUGACUUGCAGGGUUGAGAGAUUCUUGGAGAUAGGGAGCGGCACGUCGAAAAAGCUGGCAAAACGGAAUGCUGCAGCAAAGAUGUUAGCAAGAAUCCAUGACGUCCCCGUAGAUCAGAGGGACGGGAAUGAAGUUGAGCCGGAAGAUGACCAGUUUUCUAUUAUGGUUGGUAGCAAACUAGAUGGCCCAAAAGGCAAGAGCACAGGUUGCACAUGGGACUCGCUGCGGAAUUCUGCAGGAGAACGAAUUCUGCACCUCAAGAACCACCCACUUGGUGUUGUCAACUCUAACUUUUGCCAGAUGCUGAGAGAGCUGGCAGAGGAGCAGCGGUUUGAUGUCAGUUACUUAGACAUUGAAGAGUUGAGUUUGAGUGGCUUGUACCAGUGUCUGGUGGAGCUAUCGACACAGCCCACUACCGUCUGCCACGGCUCUGCCUCAACGAGGGAUGGUGCCCGUUCCAGUGCAGCGCACAAUGCACUGCAAUAUCUGAAAAUCAUGGCUGGAGGGAAAUGAGUCCAAUGGAGGACAGUUCACACUCUUCAGUUUGACUAGCACUGUUUUAAUUCCCUCCCAAACUGAAGUGUUUUUUUUAAAUCGACAACUUGAAUUUCCCAAAUCAUGCACUUGAUUGAAAGUGGAGGUUUCGAACAACUCAGAGUGCCUAGGGAGCUGUCUUUGUAUAUUUUUUAG